CCCUCCUGUCGUCCUGAUUACCUUUUUUCUCUUGCAGGUGACAGAAUGAUGCCGGCAAGACCUCCUGAUCCGUCUUUUCAUGGGGGCAGAAGGGAAGCAGCGGCUGUGGAACCAGAUCAGGGUCCAGUGUGCUUUGAAGAUGUUGCUGUUCGUUUCACGGACAAAGAGUGGGCGUUACUGGAUCCUGACCAGAGAGCUCUGCAUAAGGAGGUCAUGGAGGAGAAUUGUGGGAUUGUGGCCUCUCUUGAUUGUGAUGAUGAAUUGGAAAUCGAGAACAAAGGAGACCAUGACAAAAUCCUCAGAGAGGAGAAGCCACGUAAAAAUUUGGAGUGUAGAGAAAGCUGCAGUCAGAGCUCCCAUUCCACUUCCCAUCAAGAAACUCUCAUUGGAAAGGAACUCUAUCAGUGUGUGGAAUGUGGAAAGAGCUUCAGUCAGAAUUCCUCUCUUACUUCCCAUCAAAGAAUUCAUACAGGGGAGAAACCCCAUCAGUGCGUGGAAUGUGGAAAGAGCUUCAGUAAGAACUCCCAUCUCACUACCCAUCAAAGAAUUCAUACAGGGGAGAAACCCUAUCAAUGUGUGGAAUGUGGAAAGAGCUUCACUGAGAGGUCCCAUCUCACUUGCCAUCAAAGAAUUCAUACAGGGGAGAAACCCUAUCAGUGUGUGGAAUGUGGAAAGAGCUUCAGUCGGAGCUCCUCUCUCACUUCCCAUCAAAGAAUUCAUACAGGGGAGAAACCCUAUCAAUGUGUGGAAUGUGGAAAGAGCUUCAGUAAGAACUCCUCUCUCACUUCCCAUCAAAUAAUUCAUACAGGGAAGAAGCCCUAUCAUUGCUUUGAAUGUGGAAAGAGCUUCAGUCAGAGCUCCAGUCUCUCUUGCCAUCAAAGAAUUCAUACAGGGGAGAAACCCUAUAAGUGUGUGGAAUGUGGAAAGAGCUUCAGUCGGAGCUCCUAUCUCACUUCCCAUCAAAUAAUUCAUACAGGGAAGAAACCCUAUCAUUGCUUUGAAUGUGGAAAGAGCUUCAGUCAGAGCUCGAAUCUCUCUUCCCAUCAAAGAAUUCAUACAGGGGAGAAACCCUAUCAGUGUGUGGCAUGUGGAAAGAGCUUCAGUCAGAGCUCCCAACUCACUUGCCAUCAAAGAAUUCAUACAGGGGAGAAACCCUAUCAGUGUGUGGAAUGUGGAAAGAGCUUCAGUAAGAACUCCUCUCUCACUUCCCAUCAAAUAAUUCAUACAGGGAAGAAACCCUAUCAUUGCUUUGAAUGUGGAAAGAGCUUCACUCAGAGCUCCAAUCUCUCUUCCCAUCAAAGAAUUCAUACAGGGGAGAAACCCUAUCAAUGUGUGGAAUGUGGAAAGAGCUUCAGUAAGAACUCCUCUCUCACUUCCCAUCAAAUAAUUCAUACAGGGAAGAAACCCUAUCAUUGCUUUGAAUGUGGAAAGAGCUUCACUCAGAGCUCCAAUCUCUCUUGCCAUCAAAGAAGUCAUACAGGGGAGAAACCCUAUCAGUGUGUGGAAUGUGGAAAGAGCUUCCGUUGGUGCGCAGAUCUCACAUGCCAUCAAAGAAGUCAUACAGGGGAGAAACCCUAUCAGUGCCUUGAAUGUGGAAAGAGCUUCAGUCGGAGCUCUUAUCUCACUUCCCAUAAAAGAAUCCAUACUAAUGAAAAACUCUAUCAGUGCAUGGAAUGUGGAAAGAGCUUCAGUCGGAGCAACUCUCUCAUUUCCCAUCAAAUAAUUCAUACAGGGGAGAAACCCUAUCAGUGUGUGGAAUGUGGAAAGAGCUUCAGUCAGAGCGCCAAUCUCACUUCCCAUCAAAGAAUUCAUACAGGGGAGAAACCCUAUCAGUGCAUGGAAUGUGGAAAGAGCUUCAGUCGGAGCAACUCUCUCAUUUCCCAUCAAAGAAUUCAUACAGGGGAGAAACCCUAUCAGUGUGCGGAAUGUGGAAAGAGCUUCAGUCACAGCCACAAUCUCACUUCCCAUCAAAUAAUUCAUACAGGGGAGAAACCAUAUCUGUGUGUGGAAUGUGGAAAGAGCUUCAGUAAGAACUCCUCUCUCACUUUCCAUCAAAAAAUUCAUACAGGGGAGAAACCCUAUCAGUGUGUGAAAUGUGGAAAGAGCUUCAGUGGGAGCGACUCUCUCACUUCCCAUCAAAUAAUUCAUACAGGGGAGAAACCAUAUCAGUGUGUGGAAUGUGGACAGAGUUUCAGUCGAAGCUCCCAUCUCACUUCGCAUCAAAGAAUUCAUACAGGGGAGAAACCCUAUCAGUGUGUGGAAUGUGGAAAGAGCUUCAGUCACAACCACAGUCUCACUUCCCAUCAAAGAAUUCAUACAGGGGAGAAACCAUAUCAGUGUGUGGAAUGUGGAAAGAGCUUCAGUCAAAGUUCCCAUCUCACUUCCCAUCAAAGAAUUCAUACAGGGGAGAAACCAUAUCAGUGUGUGGAAUGUGGAAAGAGCUUCAAUCACAGCCACAAUCUCACUUCCCAUCAAAGAAUUCAUACAGGAGAUAAACCAUAUCAGUGUGUGGAAUGUGGAAAGAGCUUCAGUCACAACCGCAGUCUCACUUCCCAUCAAAGAAUUCAUACAAAGCUUGGAAAAACCAUUAUACACCUUUAGGAGCCAGGCAA